GUGAAUAGCAUCUCUGCUGCGACAUUACCUGACGGUACUGCCGGGCCAGCAGUCCUGGCCAGCACGCCACGGGAGAUCUCAACUGGUGCCAGAGCAGAUUAUACCAUUGCAGCUAGGCCAUUAAACCCAACAGACGACCAGCCACCGCCAACCCAGGAACCCGAGAUGGGAAUAUCCAAUAUCACUAUCCAGACUGCUACUCAUGCACCCAACCCCCCCAGUCCAGUCAAUGGCAAAAACCCGCCAGAAAGCUCUCCAGCUGGCUCUACGCCCGCAGACAACAUCCCCUUGCAAUUAAUCCCUACCCAACCAUCCAACCCAAAGCAAAAGACCAACGCCAACCAUUCCACCCAGGACAAUGACACCACCCUCAACGAUUUCCUAACCACCUUCCUCAACUCCCUAAAAUUUAUCUGCUGCUGUCCCUGUCUGUACCUCCACCGCCGAUCCACUCGACAGCAACAGCUGUCUGAUCCCGGCUCCGAUGCUCUCCUCGGCAUGGGUUUCAUGCCCCGCUACCCGGGCGAAAAUCUCCCAGUGAGCCCUCAAGCACGCUACGAGAGUGCAGUGCUCUCCCUGAAAGCUCAAGGAAUGAAACCAUCAAGGCCAGUUGCGUGGUCUGGUCGAGGUGGCUAUUCUGUAAUGGAUUCAGGGAGUCCGUUUCGUGGGUUCGGGGAGGUAGGUUUCUCUCGGUCUGGGGAUGGGUUGUUGGGUGAUGUGGAUGAGGUGGAGGAGUUGGUGAAGCGGUGGACGAAUUUGUAUGCGCUGUCGGAUGGUUCGAGUGUGAGGGGGGUGGAUGGGUAGGGUGAGGUUUUGAUAUGUGAUAUUGAAGGUGUGGGUAUGUUGGCUGGGGGUUGAGUGUGAGUCGUGGGGCUUCUGGAGACUGUUAUCCUUUAUGAGGCGGAACGGUAUUCUUGCUCCUUAGGUGGGGGGUUGGGAUGGAAGAGAAGGCAGGGUGUCUCUGGUUAUAUCAUGUGGAUUAUGUGGUAUGGAUUGUAUGAAAUGAUCACGCAUUUCGCUAAUCCAGCUCUUGAAUGGACGCAAGUUGUUUGAAGUAAUAAUACCUAGGCCACCAGGUGUAAACAGACUUAUACUUCCCGAUGGAAGACGGGCCACGAGUUAGCUGUGCCCAAUCUAGAGAAGCGUGCUAGCUGU